UUAUUGGUUGCAGGUGCUGAGAGGCUGAACCUGCUCUUAGCAUCUUAUGUCACGCUUGCACACCAUAUCGAGUAAUGUUGUUGGCGAUUUCAGUCAGCUGAGGCAACUCCAUGCGCAGAUCAUCCACCAUUCGCUCCAUCACCACAACUACUGGAUCGCCACGCUUAUUACCCAAUGCACGCGGGUCCGUGCCCCGUUGGCUUAUGGCCGUCUCCUCUUCGACUCUUCCCGCCGUCCAAAUGUCUUCGUCUUCACCAACAUGCUCAAAUUCUACUCCCAAUGGGGAGCCCACCAGGAUGUCAUCUCUCUUUUCCUCCAAAUGCAGCGCCAUCACUGCGACGGUGUUAAUAUGGAUGUGAAGCCCGAUGCUUUUGUCUACCCAAUCCUGAUCAAAUCGGCCGGAAAGACAGCCUUUCCAUUACAUGCCCAUGUUCUCAAGUUGGGUCAUGGUUGUGAUCGUUAUGUUAGGAAUGCCAUCAUGGAUAUGUAUGCCAAGUACGGCCCAAUUGAACUUGCUCAACGAUUGUUCGAUGAAAUGCCUGAUAGAAUGGCUGCUGAUUGGAACUCGAUAGUUUCUGGGUUUUGGAAGUGGGGUAACGAAGCUGAAGCUCGUCGAUUGUUUGAUUCAAUGCCCGAGAAGAAUGUCAUCUCUUGGACUGCCAUGGUUAGUGGUUACUCUAAGCACGGUGAUAUGAUGAACGCACGGAAGUUCUUUGAAGAGAUGCCUGAGAAGACCGUGGUCUCAUGGAACGCAAUGCUUUCAGGUUACAUACAAAACGGGUUUGUGGAAGAAGCUCUACAAUUGUUCGGAGACAUGAUGGAUACAGGGUUACAACCCGAUGAGACAACCUGGGUCACCCUUAUUUCGUCUUGCUCUGCACGUGGUGACCCUCAACUUGCAGAGUUACUAGUGGGAUCACUUGACCAAAGGCAGAUCCAUCUGAAUGUUUUUGUCAAAACAGCACUCCUCGACAUGUAUGCAAAAUGUGGGUCUAUCGGAACUGCAAGAAGGAUUUUUGACGAGAUGGGAACAUACAGGAAUCCAGUUUCUUGGAAUGCAAUGAUAUCAGCAUACACCAAGAAUGGUGAUCUUGUGUCAGCCAGGGAGCUCUUCUCUGAAAUGCCAGAGAGGAAUGUCGUCUCAUGGAACUCAAUGAUUGCAGGCUAUGCUCAGAACGGGCAAUCAUCUAUAGCAAUUGAGCUCUUCAAAGAAAUGAUAACAAUUGGAGACUCAAAACCAGACGAAGUGACAAUGGUGAGUGUGAUUUCAGCCUGUGGGCAUCUAGGGGCUUUAGAAUUGGGCAAAUGGGUCGUGAACUUUGUCACCCAAAACAAGAUCAAUUUGAGCAUCUCCGGUUGUAACUCUCUGAUUUCAAUGUACUCAAGAUGUGGGAACAUGGAAGAUGCUAAAAGGAUUUUUCAACAAAUGUCAGAAAGAGAUGUAGUUUCCUACAAUUCAUUGAUCACCGGGUUUGCAGCUCAUGGCCAUGGAACCGAGGUCGUUAAAUUGUUCUUGAAGAUGAAAGACGAAGGAAUAGAACCAGACCGAAUAACAUUUAUUGGUGUCUUAACAGCAUGUAGUCAUGCUGGCUUAUCAGAGCAAGGCCUGCAAAUUUUUUAUUCCAUCAGAAGCCCAGAAGUAGAUCACUAUGCCUGCAUGGUUGAUCUGCUUGGUCGAGCAGGCAAGUUAGACAAAGCAAAGAAGUUUGUAGACAUAAUGCCAAUGAAACCACAUGCAGGAGUGUUUGGGGCUCUUUUGAACGCCAGUUGUAUCCACAAACGAAUUGAUCUUGGGGAGUUUGCUGCACACAAGCUCUUCGAGCUUGAACCAGAGAACUCUGGAAAUUAUGUCCUGCUUUCAAACAUUUAUGCAUCAAUGGGGAGGUGGGGAGAUGUAGAGAAGGUUAGAGAGACAAUGAGAACUAGGGGAGUGAAGAAGGCGACAGGGUGGAGUUGGGUUGAGUUUGGUGGCAAGGUACACCGAUUUAUUGUUGGAGAUCGGUCACAUGAGCGGUCCAGGGAGAUAUACGGGUUACUGGAACAAGUAGGAAAGAAGAUGAGGGCUGCUGGAUAUGUAGCUGAUAAGAGCUGUGUUUUGAGAGAUAUUGAAGAGGAAGAGAAAGAAGAGAUGGUGGGGACCCAUAGUGAAAAGCUGGCCAUUGGGUUCGGGCUUCUUGUUUUCGAAAUAGGGGCAACAGUUAGAGUUGUGAAGAACCUAAGGGUUUGCAGGGAUUGCCAUAGUGCCAUUAAGUUGAUCUCAAAGUUGGAGAGAAGGGAAAUAGUUGUAAGAGAUAAUAACAGGUUUCACUGUUUCAAGGAUGGCGAGUGCUCCUGCAGAGAUUAUUGGUGAUUGAAGCGAGCCAUAAAAAUUAUACU